AAAACAUCUGUUAAACCACUACGAAUUUUAGGUUAGGAACGAUUGUGUAAUGUCAAAUUGUAAACAAGCAGUUUUCGCAUUACCCACAAUAGUUUCACAUUCAUAGACUUUAUCAUAAGUGUACAUUACCGAUAUUUGCAAAACGAAGUAAAUUUAAGAAUGGCGAAAUAUUUGGCGCAGAUCAUUAUGCUUGGCGGGCAAGCUAUUGGUCGUGCAUUUGCGAAAGCGUUGAAGCAAGAAAUAGCGGCAUCACAGGAGGCUGCCCGGCGCGGCGGUGGUGGACAGCAGGGAGAAAAACGUGCAGAAGCUAAUGCGCGAACUGGCAUGACAUUGGAAGAGGCCAAACAAAUAUUGAAUGUGGACGAUUUAAAGGAUCUUGAGAAAGUUAUUAAAAACUAUGAACACUUGUUUGCGGUGAAUGAAAAAGCGAAAGGUGGUUCCUUUUAUAUACAGUCAAAAGUUUUCCGUGCAAAGGAACGUAUUGAUCAUGAACUCAAACAACAAAUGGAUGCGGCACGGUCGAAACAAAGUGAAACGUGAUGAGAUGCAAUGCCAUUGUGAUGAAAAUAAUUAGCAAAUGCGCAUAAUUAUUUGAUAUCUAUAAAUAGGUUAAUUUUUCUAGAAUUAUUUUAACGUAAGCGAUAAACGAAAAUCUAUGAAAUUGCGAAGAAAAAAAAAACACAAAACCGAUUAACGUAAACACACAUCGUAACCAAAGGCAGGAGAUCGAUAAGCUUUUCAUGUUUGUAUAGCGAUCAAAAGCAUUGUAAAUAGUAGCUUAGAGACAAAAUCAAAUGAAUUUAUUUUAAGAUACGUAGCUGGGAACUCUCAAGUUCCUUUGUACAGUUGCUCGAUUCAUUAAUGAUUAUAUUAUAUAAAUAAACUCUUGCUUAGGGGCAAAGGCUUUAAACUGCAGACAUGUCUUGCAUAAACAAAUAUAUGAACUUGCUGUUUAAAUGUGUUUAUCUUAUAUAUUAA